CCCACAUCAAACCUCAACCCCAUCAUCAUCACCUCUCUGGCUCUCUCUAUAUAUUCCAACAUUUCAAACUUUUCCCUUCCUCUUCAUCAUCCAUUCUCUAACCAACCAGACAACAGAAGAGGAAGAACGAUCAGCACGGUGAUGGCGGGGCACUACGACGUGGCGGAGGGGGUGGACAUCCGGGGCAGGUUCGAUCCCCGGUUCGCCGAGAUCCUGAGCAGAGACGCUCUCGGCUUUGUGGCGGAUCUUCACCGGCGGUUCCGGGACCGCAUCAAGUACGCCAUGAGUUGCAGGGAGGGCGACAAGGCGCGGUACAACUCCGGCGGCCUCCCCGGGUUUGAUCCCGCCACUAGACACGUGAGGGAAGGAGAGUGGGUGUGCGCUCCCGUCCCCCCUGCGGUGGCGGACCGGAGGGUGGAGAUCACCGGCCCCGUCGAACGGAAAAUGAUCAUUAAUGCCCUCAACUCCCGAGCUAAAGUUUUCAUGGCUGAUUUUGAAGAUGCAUUGUCACCAAGCUGGGAGAAUCUGAUGAGAGGUCAAGUCAAUCUCAGGGACGCCAUUAAUGGGACCAUCACCUUCCAUGACCAAGCCAGGAACAGAACCUACCAGCUCAACAGCCAUGGCAUUGCCAAGCUCUUCGUCCGCCCCAGAGGAUGGCACCUCCCCGAGUCUCACAUCUUCAUCGACGGCCACCCUGCCAUCGCCCCCCUCGUCGAUUUCGGCCUCUACUUCUUCCACAACGCCGCCGCCUUCCGCCGCAACCACGGCCAAGGCUACGGCCCUUUUUUCUACCUCCCUAAGAUGGAACACUCCAGGGAGGCAGGAAUAUGGAACAACGUGUUUGAGAGGGCGGAGGAGUGGAGCGGAGCGGAGAAGGGGACCAUCAGGGCCACGGUCCUCAUUGAAACGCUCCCCGCAGCUUUUCAGAUGGACGAGAUCUUAUAUGAAUUGAGAUACCACUCGCUCGGUCUCAACUGCGGACGGUGGGAUUAUAUUUUCAGCUACGUCAAGACAUUCCAGGCUCACCCGGACCGCUUGCUCCCCGACCGGGUUCAAGUCGGGAUGACCCAACACUUCAUGACCAGCUACUCCCACUUGCUCAUUCGCACCUGCCAUAGGCGCGGCGUGCACGCUAUGGGCGGCAUGGCGGCUCAGAUUCCAAUCCGAGAUGAUCCGGUGGCGAAUGAGGCGGCAUUUGAGCUGGUGAGGAAGGACAAGGAGAGGGAGGUGAAAGCGGGGCACGACGGGACAUGGGCGGCACAUCCAGGGCUAAUCCCGACGUGCAUGCAAGCCUUCACGGACCACAUGGGAAACGGCGUCCCGAACCAGAUCGAGACGGUGAAACGGGAAGACGCGACAGCUGUGGCGGAGGAGGACCUCCUGCAGAUCCCCCGGGGCGUUCGGACCAUGGAAGGCCUGAGGCUGAACACCCGAGUGGGGAUCCAGUACCUGGCGGCGUGGCUGGGCGAGACAGGGUCUGUCCCGCUCUACAACCUGAUGGAGGACGCGGCGACCGUGGAGAUCAGCCGCGUCCAAAACUGGCAAUGGCUGAGGUACGCGGCGGAGCUUGACGGGGACGGGGCCGGGGUGAGGGUGACAAGGGAGGUGUUUGGGAGGGUGGUGGAGGAGGAGAUGGGGAGGAUUGAGGGGGAAGUUGGGAAGGAAAAGUUCAAACAAGGAAAGUACAAGGAGGCAUGCAAGAUGUUCACCAAGCAAUGCACGGCUGAACUUCUCCAUGAUUUUCUAACAUUGGAUGCCUAUAAUCACAUUGUGGUCCAUCAUCCCAUUGCUAAGCCCCCUUCCGGCGGCCGCCUAUGACCAAAUUGUCCUUAUGUUUUUGAACAUAUAAAUAAAUAAAUAAAUAAAUAAAAUGUGAGGUUGAUAAAAAGUAAUACUCCCUCCGUCUCGAAAUAGAUUACAAUAUUCUCUUACAUUUUUGUCCCAAAAAGAAUUACAAAAUCAAUAACUUUACAAGGAAUUGACUCUUUUACCCUCCCACUCCUACACUAUUCACACAUUAUUCAUCCAUGUGAGUGAGAAGGAUACUUGGUGGAUUUGGGGGUAAUUUGGGAAAAAAAUUGAUUUGACUCUUUCUUAAUUUCAAUAAAAAGGAAAUAUGUUGGGCCGUGUUCCUUGGACCACACGACAAGAAGGAAAGCAAAUCCCGUUCUAAGUGGGAUUGCUCUUGAUUUGUUUCCUAGUUCAUAUUUAGUGAUUUGUUUCCAUGUAGGAGUAGAAUUCCUUUUGUGUUUUGGUCUUUUUCCUCUCCUAUAAAUAAAGGAGAAACCCCUUGUAAUUGGAAGAACAAUUCAAUAUAUAAACUAUUUUCUC